AUGGCUAAUGUUGGUCAGCUGCCGCAGCAAAAACCUGAGAGCAUGGAGAACGACAGCCGUUCCGAGUUCGAGAGGGACCUGGAGGAGCUGAUGCUCAGUAAUUAUGAUGAGUACAUGUCGUUUGCUUCCUGCAGCUCGCCCAGAACGGCCACCACUGAGGAUGAUGAGGACGAGGGCGAGCAGCUUGUCAGGAGGAGGCUGAGGUCCGAUCUCGGAGGCGAUGACCUGGCGGAGUCCUCUGCCGCCCGGAGGCACCACUCGAGGAUCCUCAGCCGAUGGGCUGCCCGCCAGGCCCAGGAGAUGAUCACCACCAUCGAAAGGAGGAACCGCGAGUCGGAGCUGAUGGCGCUUGCUGGGCUCCACACAGUCACCAUGCUCGACUCCUCCUUCCUGAGGGAGUCCCAGUCCCAGUCCCCGACCUCGAGGCGCCAGGGGGAUGUUGAGAGGCUCAGCUCACGGGCCUCUUCUAUCUUUCAGAUGUGGCGAGAGCUGGAGGACGAGCACGCCGUAAGCCGUGCUCGAGGGAGAGUGAGGGAUAGGUUGAUGCAGCAGAGGAGCACGGAUUCUAACACGAAUACGUCCAUUAACUUAUCUGAAGAGAACCAGGGGAGUCUGGGCAAUUCCAGUGACUAUGCCACUUGGUCCCACGAUCAGGCGGGCCCACAGGACAGGGACAGGGUCCAUGAGAACUCUAGCCGCGAGCAGUCCCCCGAUCUUGGGGAAGUCGAGAGGGAGAGGGUGAGGCAGAUCGUCCGCGGGUGGAUGGAGAGUGGUAUUAGCGAUAACGUGAUGCAGAGGAAUGAUAGUCCUAGAGCUGAAUGGCUCGGGGAGACUGAGCGUGAGAGGGUGAGGAUUGUGAGGGAGUGGAUGCAGAUGACCAGCCAGCAAAGAGGUGGUCGGCGGAGGGAACGUGAUAGUGAGCCUGGCGGUGGAGCACAUGUUGAUGGUGAUGGUGCUCGUGAAGGGUCUUCUGCGGAACAAGAUGAAGGCCAGCCAGAGCAUGUGCGGCGGGACAUGUUGAGGUUGAGGGGGCGGCAAGCGCUGCUUGAUUUGCUCGUGAGGAUUGAAAGGGAAAGACAACGGGAACUUGAUGGCUUGCUGGAACAUAGAGCUGUUUCUGAUUUUGCUCACCGCAAUCGUAUUCAGUCCCUUCUUAGAGGCCGUUUUUUAAGAAAUGAGAGGCCUGCUGAGGAAGAGAGACCACCUUCCAUGGCAGCUAAUGAGUUAAACCAGUUAAGACAGCGACAUACAGUCUCUGGCCUGAGGGAAGGGUUCCGCUUUAGAUUGGAAAACAUUGUUCGUGGUCAAGCAAGCAGCCAUCCUGUUACCUCUUCUAAUGUUGGAAACAAUGAUUCCAGAAAUGAUCAGAGAAUCAUGAAUUUUUUACAUGAGAUGCAACAUGGGAAUCAGGAUAUUGAUGAUCGGUUGCAGGGUCGCAUGGAGAAUAUGGAUAUAUCUAUUCAAAAUACAGAUCUAAAUGUUGGUCCUGAUGUAGGAAUCCAGUGGCAGGAACGGGUUUCUGAAGAUGGGAGAGUAACACUACAACAAUCAGCAGAAAGUUAUCCUAAUCGUUGGAUACAUGACACUUCAGCUGGAGCAGCACAGAAUAGGCCAGAACAUGCAAUGUCUGACUGGCCCUCGGCAAUGGUAGCUGAAGAUGGACGUCAACAUCGUUUAGAACUAAACCAUGAGGUUUGGAAUGCAAAUGGUUCACGUGAAGCCGUUGAUAAUUGGUCAGAAGAACCUUCAGACACUUCAAGAACGAGGCGGCCUCUUUCUAUCAGGAGAGUCGCCAGGUUUCACCCCCCUGAAGAUGAUAAUGUAUACAGCAUGGAACUCAGGGAGCUAUUGAGCAGAAGGAGUGUUUCAAAUUUACUUCGGAGUGGUUUUCGAGAGAGCCUGGAUCAGUUAAUUCAAUCAUAUGUGGAAAGGCGAGGGAGGGCUUCUAUUGAUUGGGAUCUCCACCGGAAUUUGCCCCAUCCUUCAUCGCCUGAAAGGAAUCAAGACACACAAAAUGAUGAGCAGAUUGAGGAUCAGCAUGACACUACUGGUAGGCCUUCACUGGUGUUACCCACUCCUCCAGUACCACCACCACAGCCCCUGUGGCAUCAAGAUUUGAACCACUCUGGCUGGUCUCGUCACAGUGUCCAUCGUUCUGAAGUUCAGGAGUGGGAGAUGAUGAAUGAUUUGAGGGCCGAUGUUGCCAAUCUUCAGCAAGGUAUGAAUCACAUGCAGAGGAUGUUAGAGGCUUGCAUGGACAUGCAGCUUGAACUUCAGCGCUCGGUUAGGCAGGAAGUUUCAGCUGCUCUUAAUCGGUCCUCUGGUGGGCAAGGCAUUAUUGCUGAGACAUCGGCGGACGGGUCUAAAUGGGGCCAUGUAAGAAAGGGAACAUGUUGCGUUUGUUGUGAUAAUCAAAUCGAUGCCUUACUGUACAGAUGUGGGCACAUGUGUACCUGCUCUAAAUGUGCCAGUGAGCUGGUUCGUGGAAGUGGAAAGUGUCCCUUGUGCCGCGCACCCAUUGUUGAGGACUUGAACGUCCUCCAGCGUUAUUGUGGCCUCCCCGCAAUCGAAGUGGAAGGUAUGCGUCUCGGGACGCCACCUUUCCACCAGGCAGGUGAUGAAGCUGUUGUCCGUUGUUACCCCGCCCAUCCGAAACACCGGGCCACAACCUGCCAUGUCGAUUUGCUCCCAAAAUUUAUCAUGCUGGUUCUCCAAUGCGUGUCAGAACUCACUGUCGUUACGGCGAUUUGA